AACCAAAAAAACCCUAUUGAAUUGCAGUCUUUCACGUUAAACUUUUUGGUCUUUGCUAAUGUCACUGUAAUCCUAAAACAGGCAUAUUGAGGAUGACUUGGAAGAAGAAUGUGGUGUGGCUGCUGCAGGCCUUCAUGUUUGAAAAGUCUUGGCAAUCUGUGUCAGAUGAGAUUAUCAUUUUUUGUCUGUGUGGCAGCAGCAUCUACCUGUUGUGAAUUUGUGAUUUUCAUGAAGGGAAUAAAACUUUUUAGUUAUAUAGAUGUCAUCUUUCAGAAACCUGCAUGGGUUGUUUUUGCUGGUGUUAUUCAUAACACCUAAACUUAUUUGUAGUUGAUGGGAAGGAGAGAAAUGGAUUUUCUGUUCUAUUUUCAUUUUUAUUUGAAGUAGUUUACUUGGAUUUUCUUAUUUGCAUGGGGAUUUCACACCGUGAGGAGAGGGAAAAAGCAUGGUGUGGAAGCCAGUAAGCAAAUUCGAGCUCUGAGGAAGUGUCAUUCCUGAUGGUUUUUUAAAUUCUGUUUUCCAAUGACUUGGAUUUUUAGCUAAUAUCAGUUAUAAAAGUUAAUUUCACAAGCAUCUCAUAUGUAAUUUUUUGUUACCUUUUCUCUUUUUCAUUGAAGUUGAAGAUCAAUUACAGUAACUACAGUGAGAUAGCUCUGAAUACUAGUUUUGCUGUUGAAAUAACUUUGAAUCCGGUAAUUGCCUUACUGGACGUGAAUUCUUCAAGUUACCGGUAUGGCUCUGGCUGUGAUGCUGCUGAAUGGUGCUUCCUUCCACGGUGGAUGCUGCAGGCACAAAGCUUUGCUCCCCUUACUCAGACCUCUCCUCAACAAUUCAAACUUGUACAGCAGCUACAGGAGGCCAGGGGCAGAGCCUAAGAAAAAACUGUCUUGGCAGGAUGCUGAUUUCAGCUUUAAGAAGGGCAUUGAUUACCUAAAGACUCAGCUAAGCUUGCUGAAGAAGGAAACCCAAGACUACUUACGAGGACCCGAAGGCAAUCCAUUAAGUCAGCACGUGUUGGAGCAAACAAGGGUGUUGUGGCAGUUCAGGAGCCAAGAUGAUCUAGAUAAAUGGGUUAUUUCCUCUGAUGUGGAGAUUGGAGGGAAAAGUGAAGUUUACAUCAAAUUGGGUAGGAAUAACCAAGCUGCUCUGCUGUAUGGAACCCUCAAUACAGAAGUACCUCGUGAUGGGGAGACAGCAUACAGUGGAUAUUGCAGUAUGAGAUCCAGACCAGCAGUGGGAUCUUUUAACAGGAAGAAGUAUUAUGACUGGUCAAACUUCAACAGUCUGUAUUUACGUGUCCGCGGUGAUGGCAGGCCUUGGAUGGUAAACGUUUAUACAGACCCUUACUUCUCUCAUCAAAAGGAUGACCUCUACAGCUACUUCAUGUUCACCCGAGGAGGCCCGUACUGGGAGGAAAUAAAGAUUCCAUUCUCCAAAUUCUUUUUCUCCAGUAAGGGAAGAGUCCAGGAUAACCAGCAUCCUGUCUGGUUAGACAAGGUUAGAACCCUUGGAUUCACCAUUGGAGAUAAAGUAGAUGGUCCAUUCCAGCUGGAGAUCGAUUUUAUUGGUCUGCUAAACGACAGAGCUCAUAGAGAAGAGUUUGCCUAUGAAACAUAUGACAAGAAUACUCCAGUCUAAGUUGGGCUGGUGUCCUUGGGAAAGUUCUUCAGAUAUUUGGUUUAUUUUUAUAAAAUACUUCUUAACAUGUGGCCUUUAACAACAUGAAGAGCCUGUGCAAACAUUAAAGAGAUAAGUGCAUGAAGUGUGACACCACUGGCAUCUUUGAACUCCCAAAUACAGAAGAAGCCUGGAGAGACUGCACUUAGAUGGACUGCAGCAUAGCCUGAGAGCAGUUGUAAUGUUCUUACAAAGUAAUAACUCUUCCCUGGAUAAGUUUUGGCCUUCUGUCCUGACCUUUACUGAAAUAAAAGUAUUUAAUGAG